AUGUCAUACGAUGAAAUUAAUGAAUAUGAAAGUGCCAAAAAGAAGUUUCUUGCACAACACAAUAUUAACACUGUAGGCGACUCGAUGAAAUUAUUGGAUAUGUCAGCAAUCACGUGGGACUAUCAAUUGUCACAAGAAUAUUCUUUUUUACUUGAAGGUCCAAACGAAAAUUUAACAGAACAAUUACUCCAAAACACAAUGAAGUAUGAAACAGCACUAAAUUCGUUAGCAAAUUAUAUAUUUGAUUUUUAUAAAAAAAUUGAUUACUCUACACAACUCGAAUUUAUCGACCAGCUUUUGAGGAUCAACAACGGAGAAAGUUUCUCGACUCCCUUUUUCAAAAAACAACAAGGCGAUUUCACACGAAAUUUAAGCAAACAAUACGUCUUUUUCGAAAAUGUUAUUGCUACAACAAUAGACAAUAAAUACGAAAUAUUGCUAUUUCUGUAUUACUUGAAGCAUUUAACUAUAGAAAAGAACACCACUAAUUUAAAAACCGGCUUCGACGUUCUUUACUAUUUGAAAACAUCAAACCAAUUCAAAUACUUCGGCACUGAUACCAAUCUUUGUGCUUCCGAAAGAAAACACAAAGAGCUCACGCAAAAAUGCGAAUCCUUAAGGAUAGAAUCACGUAAAUUGUUACAGAAAGUGUCUAAUAGUAUUGACACGUUCACUAAUUUAUACAACACAAUAUCUGAGAAAGCGAAGAUGGAAAAAGAAUGUCCUGUUGUGGUGGUAACUUUCGAGGAGUGGUUUAACGAGUUGGUGAAGACGGUUACAUUACUCAAACACGACAAAAAAGGUGCAGUGGUGGACCGACAAGUCUUCACCUUUCGAGUGAAACGAAGUAUGAAGACAAAUUCUUUCUUUACUGUCAAAGACAAAAAGUUCAGACUCAAAAUAUUUAUGGGAGACUACGCGUAUGAUGACCGCGAUGGGUGUGUUGUGCUUAAGUGUCUCAACGAGAAAUAUGACAACAACACUAGAAAAGUGAUAAUGCACCCCAGCGGCGAGUCACUUUCUUUUAACAAAUCUGGGAAGGAUGAUGUUGUGUUUAAAGGAAUGGGUGUGAAUGGUGGCGACUUUGUGUUAAAGUUCUUCGAAGCUGAUGAGUUCAAAAGCUUCACUUUUGGCCAAAAAAGUCGCCUUAAUAGCGAGUUCAUUCCACCAGACACACAGUUUGCAAAUAUGAGAAAUCAAGAUAAAACUGAGAUUGAGAAGAGACGAAUAGAGAUGAUUACAGCACUUCAAAAUCUCAAAAAAUGUAACGAAGACAUUCAAACAAUGGAACAAGAUAUAAAAAAAGAAAGAAAAAAAAUUUCAGAGUUGUCAGUGAUUGAAAAUCAUGUCGGAACGCUGAAUGAUUUAAGGCAAGUUUUGAGAAUGAAAAAAAUGCCAUUAACUAAAUGGAAGCUUAAGAACUGUGGUGAUAACUUACUCUUCAUGUCUGAGAAUGUAGCUCCCGUGAUCUACAAUCUGUUUCGAGAAUGUGGAUGUGAAACCAACUUUGUGUUGGGAAGUGGUGACCAAAUCACCUUGGUGAAAACGGAUAACGAAGAAGAGUUAAGUAACCUCAGUAUGUGCCAAAUACCAGAGCUUGACGGCAAGACUUUGUUUGUUACGAAAUACCACCAGCUCUUUGAAAAUAUCAUACAGAACGAUGAAGAGUUUCUAAGCAAGUUCAUCUUUAACCACCUAACAAAUGGGGUUCGUGUUAACGUAUUUAACGUCAUCGCUGCCUCCCCAUCGCGCCAAUUACCUGGGAAUGGAGUGGUGUUAGUUCCAUUCAAAGUUGAUGAUGGAACAGACACAAAACAAUUGUUUUUGAUGGGUAAAUUUCCAGACAAAUCACACAACAAUCCAAAUCCUUUUUGUGUCACUUGUUACCAAAAUUCAUAUAUUAAAGGUGCGAAAUAUGGACUGAUUAUUAUCAAAGUAUCUCGAGUCUAA